GCACACGCCUUGUUUGCUUUCACAUUUCUGACGCCAUGGGUCGGAAUGGUUACGUUGGGUAUCGGCUAUUCAUUACUUGCCUGCACUAUAUGGGCAAUGAUAUCAUUUGUAGUGCCGGAGCGAACUCUGGGCACAGCGUAUGGCCUCACGCAAGCCAUACAGAAUUUAGGCUUAGGUGUCGUUCCCAUGGCUAUGGCUGUCAUUGUCGACAGUAAAGGAUAUUUAGUGUUGGAAAUAUUGUUUUUAGCAUUAUUAUCGGACAAUGAGAGUGUUGUUAGAAAUGAAGACACUGUUAAUGAAGCAGAUGUUGAGAAAGAGGAGGACUAUUCAGAUGUGGGAUACUGUCAUCCGGCACAUCAGUGUCACAGAUAUUUCUUCAUGGUAUUCAUGUGUACUUUAGGAAUUGGUAACUAUUUUUCUUUCGAUUCUCCCGGGGCUUUGCAAACACAGACUAUGGAUGAUAUGAAUAUAAGCGCCACUGAAUUCGGCUUAUUGUAUUCGCUGUACAGUUGGCCAAAUGUAGUGCUCAAUCUUUUGGGUGGGUUUCUGGUGGACCGCCUCCUGGGUAUCAAAUUGGGUGCCAUAAUAUUUGCGUGCUUUACAUUCACGGGUCAAUUCCUGGUGGGUUUGGGGGCGUAUCUCAACCUGUUUUGGCUCAUGUGUUUGGGACGGUUUGUGUUCGCUAUCGGCGGCGAUAAUCUGGAUAUUACUGCAAACAUGCGGGCCGUCAAGUGGUUUAAAGGCAAAGACCUGAGUCUAGUGUUUGGCCUACAGUUGAGUAUAUCCCGGGCCGCCGCUACCAUCAAUCUAAACGUUAUGAAACCCAUAUACGAUUGGGUCGGCGGCUCGUACUCCGGUCACCAACAGUUGGGUAUAACUUUGAUUAUUGCAUCGGUUGUGGCCGCGUAUGAUCUCGUGAUUGGUAUAGUACUGGCAUUUCGGGACACUUGGCCUGAAAAGAAGCUGAAGGCUGAGGACGUGAAGAGCGAUAAGAUUAACAUUAAAGAUAUAAAAGAGUUUAAACUCGACUAUUGGCUCAUAACUAUUGUUAUAACGCUAUUCUAUAUGACUAUUAUUCCUUUCGUUUCAUACGGAAUUCCAUUCUUUGCGCGUAAAUACAAAUUUAAUGCAACGAAUUCACAAGCGGUGGACAGUAUAGUAUACAUGAUGUCAAUCGGGGCCUCACCUAUACUGGGAAUAUCGAUGGGACGGGUGGGCCGUAACGUAACAUUUGUUUUGUUGGCGGUUUUCAUAUCACUGGCCGCACACGCCUUGUUUGCGUUCACAUUUCUGACCCCAUGGGUCGGAAUGGUUACGUUAGGUAUCGGCUAUUCAUUACUUGCCUGCACUAUAUGGGCAAUGAUAUCAUUUGUAGUGCCGGAGCGAACACUGGGCACAGCAUAUGGACUCACGCAAGCCAUACAGAAUUUAGGCUUAGGUGUCGUUCCCAUGGCUAUGGCUGUCAUUGUCGACAGUAAAGGAUAUUUAGUAUUGGAAAUAUUGUUUUUAGCAUUAUUAUCGGGUAUGACCAUGAUCAAUUUUAUGCAUAAUUACAUUAACGUAUAA